AUGAAGCGUAAUGUAACCUGUUUAAAUGAUUGUUACCCAACUCAAUCCUUUAUCUAUGUAUUCCUUAUUGGUAAUGGAAGUAUUUAUUUGAAAGAUUCUGAUUUUGCAACUUCAAAAAUGAAUCUGUUGGUCUUUGGAAAGACUAAGAAUAUGAUUGAGUUUGAACAAAUAAGAGCAAGUAUGAAUGACAGAUGGGAAUGUGUACAUUUAUGGUUAAUUGGUCCAGAUAACAGCAGCAAUAGUAUUGAGCUUGUUAGGGAGAUACUAAUAGGAAAGUAUUCAAGUAGAUUUAUUGAUGAAACUGAGUUGAAUUUCGCCGGUCUAAACAGAGUUCUUCCUGACCAGGAAAAGUUAUUAGUCCCUUCAGAUAUGCUCGAUGACUUUAUCUAUAAGAAGCAACAUUUCAUUGAUUGGACAACCAAAACUCUAUUCAAGUCUGCUUAUGAAAGAGGAGAAAAAGUCUUGAGACCAUCAUUUUCUAGUGAUGUUAACUUGGUUUUACAUUCAAUCUACUCUGUCGUGUAUGAAUACUUAGAUCUUUUAAGCGAUGAAGAUGAUACUGUUUUAUUUAUACGUCCAGAAAAUACUGAAUUAGUAUUGGAGGAAAUGGAUUUGCUAAACGGUUUUGAGUCUACCAGCAAUAAGGAUCACAGCACAUUAGGGUACAACAUUAUUGUGAGAGAAAGAUUUCCUGAUGACGAUAUGAUUGAAGUCAAUGUAAACAGCCCAACAACAAUCAUGUAUAUUUUCAGAUACGAUGAAAAGGAAAGUAACGAAACCUUUGACAUUGUUAAAAAAGUGGAAAUAUUUGGAGAGCCAACUUGGGCAAUCGGCAUUAGAAAAAAGGUUAUCAUGACAAAUACUCUGAUUUUUAAACAAUAA